AUGGUUGAGUCCGGAACUUGCCAAUGCCAGGUUAAGGUGGACCCUCUCCAGCAGCGAAUUCAAGCUGCCGAAGCAGAUGAAACGAGGCAACAGGGAGCGAGAAGAAGCAAAGCAGCUGAAGUCUAUUUAGAGAGCAAGCUUUGGAGAAGCAAGACUUUAACAAGCAAAUAUAGACGGCAACGAGUCCCAGCUCAUGAGCAUCGGACGAUGCCACCCGAUGGUGCGGAUCGUCGUUUAUCAGUUCUCGCGGCCUUUCUUUCUGUUCUGACCGUCGCCCUCGCCAGCGUUGGAGGGUACGAGGGCUACAUCUUCUUGGUCGAGCGCAGCACCUACCAGAAUCAAGCGCUGGGGCUAUGCUUUGAUGGCCGACGGGGUGGUGAAAGUCUGGAUGAUGCCAAGUUCACGGUAAGGCCCGGUCCAUGGAGCCUGCGUCAAAACCAAAGGGGACCCCCUGAUCCGCAGCUACUCUGCGACAUCCCUGUCUAUGCCUACGAGUGCCCGCGAUGGGCCACUGCAGCGGAAUGCAGCCACCUGCAUCCUGAGGAGCUCAGACAGGUGGCCCUCCUUCGCACUACGGAGAGCGGAGUCUUUUGCUUUGGCUCUCUUGGAUGGUUCUCCUGGGAUCAGGAAGCAUGUGAUGCAGACAUCUGGACCUGUACGUUCGGAUCAUGCAAUGGCUACAAGAAGAGCGAACGUGUUUGCGCAGCCACACUGAGCGAAUCCUAUGCGUGCUAUUUCGAUCCCACAAGACCUGGCGUUGGCGAGCGCGAGACACCUUUCCACUAUCCGCUCUUGCGAGGCGUGGCGAUGGCAGCCCUAUCAGUUCUGACACUUGGAGCCGGAAUCUCUGCAUGUUAUUUUGGGGCCACGCGGGUGGUACCUUUGCUGUGUUCUUUCGGCUGGACACCACUGAUAGUUCUGGCUGCGCUCGUGAUUUCGGCUGGAAUUGGGUUCAUGAUGGAGGCAGCGAUGAUCGUGCUGCUUCCUGGUGUGACGCCCUACAGCCUUGUGGGAGGUCCUCGGUUUCCUGAGGUUCGUCAAGUCACGGUGGCCGAUCUGGGAGGGGGCUGGAAGAACGAGCAGCCGGUUCGGCCAGGUUUCAAUCAGCCGAGCUUGUGGGUUCUUAUCGAAGUCGCCAUGACGGAGGUCCUGAUGAUCUUUACACUGACUUUCACCGCACUCAUCCCCCUGAUCCUUUUCCUGGUUCGGCACCGGAGUGACCGGGCUCGGGCCGCAGGGACGCUGAACCGCCGCCUUCUGGCAGAUCCAUUCAUGAGGUCUCAGACGCCUUAG